AUGGCGGUCGCGUCCUCCCGCUUCCCCGUCCUCGCAUUCGUCCUUAUGUCACUCGCCGUGGCUUCCUUCGCGCAGGGCCCAGCCGCCGCACCCUCGAAAUCCCCCACCGCAGCUCCCGUGAAGCCGCCCGCUCCAGCCCCCUUGACGCCGCCCGCCGCCUCCCCUGUCUCGAAGCCGCCGUCCCCCGGCCCCGCCGCGGAGACGCCUACCGCAUCCCCUCCGGCCCCGCCGACCUCGACUCCCCCCUCUGAGUCGCCCGCGUUUACGCCGUCGUCGAUCUCGUCCCCCCCUGCGACCGCUCCCUCGGCCCUGCCUCCUGCGGGUAACGGCGUCGCCGACCUUACCUUCAGCUGGGUCACCGCAUUCGCCGCCGCGGCCGUCGCCGCUGCUGCGCUGUAG